UCUAAUCCAGUCAUUGCGGUCGGGAUAUAAACAGAGAAACGUCUUGAAAGUUUCCUUGUUAAGUGUUUAAAGAUCUAUACUUUAAACCUAGUUAGGUUCGAGGAGGGUUCAGGUUGAACUUCCUCAAUUCUCCGAAGAUAAUUGUCCGCAGUUCGGGACUAAACGGUAGAAAGCCAUCCAGGGUUGCAGUAUUCACCGCUGCAGUUUUCAUUGUGCAAGGAUCUAGUGCAAGGAUGGAAACAAUUGAUCCCUCCGAUCCUUCUCCGCUUCUAUCCAACCUAGAAACUAAGAAAACUGAGGAGAAAGUGAAGAAAGUGACUUUUGAUGAUGUUUUGGCGGAGCUGGGAGAGUUUGGUUUGGAACAGAAAAUUAAUUAUUUCUUAUUCUCUCUCCCAUACAUCCUAACCUCUAUGCAGCUCAUGGGUUGGGUUUUUGUCGGUGCAAAUUUUCCACACCGUUGCCGAGUACCUGGAGACGAACCUGAAACGUGGAUCCAAGGAUCUGGACUAAAUUCUAGUUUCUCCGAGUAUAAUUCAGACUGGGAAUCUAAUUCAUGCUCCAGGUGGGUUGAUAUUUGGUGUACUGACGGAUAAGUUUGGAAGGAAACCAACCUACUUCAUCGCUAAUAUAUUGAUGGCAGGUGGAGGGAUCCUUGCAGCUCUAGCUCCGGAGUUUGUUAGCUUUGUCUCUGCGAGGAUCUUGACAGGGUUCGCUAUAGCUGGGAUCGAAGCCUCCUGUUUCGUCAUGGGUAUGGAGCUGGUUGGUCCUAGUAAACGAACCCUGGCCGGAAUACUCUGCUGGUUCUUUGAGACAACAGGUUUGCUGUGUACUGUUGCUCUGGCGUAUUUGCUCCAGGAGAACUGGAGAUUACUCCAGGUUGUGUAUUCAGCUCCAGCUCUACUCUGCCUCGUGUACUGGUGGAUAGCUCCAGAAUCAGUGCGCUGGUUAGUAGCACGAGGAAGGAAUGAAGAAGCAAGGAAACUAAUUUACAAAGCAGCAAACAGGAACAAGGUUACGAUCGAUGAGAGUUUAAUUCAUGAGAUGGAGCUGAGUAUAAAACACGAACUCGGAGAAGAGAGGACGGAGAAAACAUAUACUGCUGUAGAUCUGUUCAGGUAUCCAGUGCUCCGAUGGAAAACAUUAAUCCUAAUCCUGUGCUGGGUUACAUGUGCAAGCCUGUACUAUGUUCUACUUCUGGAUCAGUCAGAGCUAUCUGAGGAUAAAUAUAUCGGGUUUCUGAUGACUGCUGCUGUUCAAUUACCCGGAUACGUUUACGUUAUAUUCACCCUGGAGAGACCUGCGUUUGGGAGAAAGAACUCCAUGUGCAUGUUUCUAAUCCUGGCCGGGACAGCUCUAUUCACUCAUCCGUUCAUCCCUGAAACCUAUCCACGACUCAAAAUACUAAUAUCUAUCAUCGGCAGAUUUGCUGCUAACUGCUCCUAUACAAUCCUGAAUCUAUUUUCUGCGGAGCAGUUCCCAACCGUGGUUCGCGGAGUCGGAAUGGGGUUUUGUGUAGUUGUCAGCAGAUUAGGAACCAUGCUUGCUCCGUACCUUCUUCUUCUAGGACGAUACUCUCCUUGUCUCUUCGGAGUAUCCGCUCUUGUCUCCGGACUCACGGCACUACUACUUCCAGAGACUCUCGGACAACCUAUGCCAGAGACACUCCAGGACGGAGAAGAGCUAACUCUGAGUCUUCCGUUUAAAAAAACCCGUUAGUCUUUCGCGUAACUAGAUCUAUAAAACACAGGGCUCAAUGGUUCAUGAUAAAGAGAGUUAAAAUAAACUAUAAGACGUUCCAAAAAAAAGAAUAAAAUUAUAAAACUA